AUGGCCUCCUCCGGCGUCUCGGUCGCACCCGAGUGCAUUUCCAAGUUCAACGAGCUGAAGCUGGGCAAGUCGCUCAAAUGGAUCAUCUUCAAAAUCAGCGAGGACUGGAAGGAGAUUGUGGUCGAGGAGACGUCGACCGACCCGGAUUACGCCGCCUUUCGCRAGAAGMUCGUGUCGGCCAAGAGCAAGAACAAAAAGGGCGAGGAGGGUAUUGGCGGCCGAUAUGCCGUCUUUGAUGUCGAAUUCGAGGCCGAGGGCGGCGCGGGAAUGCGCAACAAAAUCACCUUCAUUUCAUGGGUGCCUGAUGAUGCGCCGCAAUACCCCCGCAUGAUGUACUCGACCUCCAAGGACGCCCUCAAGCGCGCCCUCAACGGAGUCGCCGUCGACAUUCAAGCCAACGACGCCGACGACAUUGAACACGACUCGGUCAUUGCUCGCGCCUCCAAGGGUCGUUGA